AUGGGGUCACUUGGAGUCCUUGCGAAAAGAUAUAUAAUUAGCCUUCUGGACAAGCCAGCUGGCCCCUGGGGACGGUGUACAGGAGACUGUGGGCCUGGAGGAGUCCAGACUCGGGCACUGUGGUGCUUCCACUUCGAAGGUUGGACAAGUCACCUGUCCAGCUGCGAUGAGAACCACAGGCCUCCAAAGGAGAGAAGCUGCUUCCGAGUCUGCGACUGGCACAGCGACCUCUUCCAGUGGGAGGUCUCUGACUGGCACCGCUGUGUGCUGGCCCCCGGCGUCCUGGGCCAGGCCAAGCCUCGGACCUCCCAGUGCGUGACGGCCCAGCACGGGCUGCAGCACCGGACUGUGCGCUGUGUUCAGAAGCUGAACAGGACCAUGGUCGCCAGCGAAAUAUGUGAGCACUUGGCCCCUCAGCCCCCCACAGAGCAAGCUUGCCUCAUCCCUUGCCCGCGGGAUUGUGUGGUAUCCGAGUUCUCACAAUGGUCCAAGUGUAGCACGGGGUGCGGGAAGCGGCUGCAGCACCGGACCCGCGUGGCCAUCGCUCCCCCUCUCUACGGAGGGUCUCACUGUCCCAAUCUGACGGAGACGAGAAUCUGUGCCGCCCCCAUUUCCUGUCCUCUCGGCGAAGAGGAAUAUACUUUUAGCCUUAAAGUUGGCCCGUGGAGUAAAUGUAGACUGCCUCAGCUGAAGGACAUGGACCUCCCCGGAAGGACUGUUGUGGAUUUUAGCUCUGAUUCAAAGGAGCAAGUCACCUUGAGGUACCCAAGUUACAAGCCACAUCACCACGCCAAGCCCUGGGACGUAGAGAUAGGUUACCAAACCCGGCAGGUGUGGUGUACGAGGAGUGAUGGGAAAAAUGCCAUGAUCAGCCUUUGCAUGAAAGACUCCUUCCCUUUGACUGUCCAGUCCUGCAUCAUGCCGAAAGACUGUGAGACCACCGAGUGGUCCUCCUGGGGUCCCUGUUCCAAGACGUGUCGUUCAGGGAGCCUCUCGCCGGGAUUCAGGAGCAGGAGCCGGAAUGUGAAGCACAUUGCUAUCGGAGGUGGAAGGGAGUGCCCCGAACUUCUGGAGAAACAGGCCUGCAUUGUCGAAGGAGAAAGUUUGCAGCCGUGUCCCAGUUCUGCCUCUAGACCUAACUGCCAUCCUAUGGUAUUCUAUUACAUCCCCCAGGAGCCAGAGGAUGUUGGACAUAAGGUUACCACCUAUUAG